GUAGAAAUAAAUCAUAGAACUGAGAUCUGGGAGCUCAUUGAGGUUAAAGGCCCCAUUUGCCGAACAGGAGCUCCGAUCAGGAAACAGAGAGGUGAAAGAAACGCCAAAGAAGAAGGCUUAAGCCAUGGAGUCGUCUGCUCGAAGAAGCGGAGGAGGGAUAUUAGAAGGACUGUACAGGGUCCUUAUGCGCCGGAACUCUGUGUACGCGACCUUUGUCCUCCUCGGCGCUUUCGCUGGAGAACGGGCAGUGGAUUACGGAGUUGACAAGAUCUGGGAGUACAACAACGUCGGGAAACGGUACGAGGACAUUCCGGUGUUGGGUACAAGGCAAUCUGAAUAAUGAUAUAUCAAAUUUUCGUCUCCACUCCCUGAAGUUUCACAGAAUUGGUUUGAACGUUGGCGGGUUCAACAAUUUUGAUGGUCUUGGAAACAUCUUAUAUUGAUCAUUUAAUAAGUGCUAUGUUGCUCAGGCGACUAACUGUAAUUUUUCAAAAUGCAGCUAGAUUGUUUUUGGAUGGUUGGAUUUCGGGUUUGGCUAGUUUGAACUUAUUAUUGAUUUGAUUUCAG